UCCUUCUUUCUGGGCUCUGCCGCUCCUCCGAAAGCAAAAAAGCCUUUAACCGCAGCCACGCGGCCAAUCGUGGCGGUCAACACACCACCACCCACCGUGCCGCGCUAGGCUAGCGGGAUGGGCCGCCCGCGUCCCGGUUGGCGCGGUCUCGACACCGCCCGUGUGCGCCGCACCCCACACCUCCCCACCCCCCCUUACCCCCAACCCCAUCCCCGGGCGGUCCCCCGAACCCAUGCCUCCCUUCUCAUCAAAUACUCCGCACAGCCACCGCCAUCUCCACCUCUCUCAGCUCCCAAUCCUCUCUCAUGGCCUCCUCCUCACCUUCCCCUGCAGUCGCUUCUCCGCCGGAGCCGCCUCUCACCGCCCCCCAACCCACCCGCCGCGGCCUCCCUCCACCCUGUUGGUCCCACGACGAAACACUAGCCCUCAUCGAAUCCUACCGCCACAAGUGGCACUCCCUUCGCUGCGCCAACCUUCGCGCCGCCGAUUGGGACGAGGUCGCUGCCGAUCUCUCUCGACGCUCCUCCCUCCUCCCCUCCGCAACCCCUAAGACUUCCGUCCAGUGCCGCCAUAAGAUCGAGAAGCUCCGUAAGCGAUUCCGCUCCGACCGCCUCCGUCCCUUACUCUCCGCCCUCACACCUCCCUCCUCCUCCUGGCCAUUUUUUCCUUUCAUGGAAUCCCUUGAACAACCUCCUUCCGCUUCCCUCUCCGGUUCACCCUCCCACUCCGACGACGCCGAUGACUCCCGCACCAUCCGCCGCCUCGUCUCCAAUGGCGAAGGGCUCAGAUUUACCGUCCCAAAGGCAGUUCGGUCCAAGAAAAUGAACCCUAGCUCCGGUGGCGGAAAACUGAAGGGCGUGUUCUCCGAUGCUGGGGUGAAGCCGGCGAUGGAGGAGAUGAGGCGAAGGCUGGAGAGGAAGAGGAAGGAGGAGAUGGAGGCGGGGACGGCAGGGGGGAUGGUGGAGGCUCUGAGGAUGGUCGGCGAUGGGUUUAUGAGGAUAGAGCAGGUGAAGUUGGAUAUGGCUAGAGAGACUGAGAGGAUAAGGAUGGAGAUGGAGCUGAAGAGGACGGAAAUGAUUAUAGAUUCACAGCAGCGGAUUGUUGAUGCGUUUGUGAAGAGUUUUGUUGGUGGUGUGAAGAGGAAGAAGGGCAAAGUUUCUCCAGAUAGUUGAAAUUGAGACGAGUAAGAUUUUCAUGAAGGGAUGGAUACAAUUACUCUUAUAAGUUUGUUUUGGGACCUUUUUUUGUAAGAACUUUUUUCUGGAACCAAAUUAUAUGUAUUUGUUCUCCUAGUCGUGUGCGCUUUUUCUGAUUUUAUUAGAAUACUGAAUUUCUUUGUGGUGUUAAGCCAUCGCAUAACUAGGUUAAUGUAAUUAUUUGUUUUAUUAACCUUAUUUUCAUGGGUUCCGUGGUCUAAUGCGACACUGGGUUUUUGCA